AUGGUCACUACAAAGUUCGUCCUUUCCUUGCUUUCCUUAGGCCUCCUGGGUACAACCCAAGCCUACAGCCGAGGCGAAUGCCAAUACCCAACUCAAAACCCUCUCCAAGGUUGUCCACAAGGAACACUUCUGGUGGGGCCCAAAGCAGAAUUCACCAGCAUUCAAUCCGCAGUCCUCUCAAUCCCCAACAACACAGUCCCAUACUACAUCCUCAUUCUCCCAGGCAACUACACCGAACAAGUCAACGUCACACGCCCAGGCCCUUUGACUCUGCUUGCUCAAACCAAAUUUCCAGAUGACAACACCAAGAACACAGUCAAUGUAAUUUGGCACAAUGCUACAGGAACAGCCAGCACAGGAAGCUAUGAUAACGCAUAUACAUCUACACUUACCGUAGCGCCGACUUUCAACAGCAGUUUGACUGGCAGCGGACCCACUGGCAACCACGUUCCCGAUGGCACACCAUUCGGCAACACGGAUUUCAGAGCCUACAAUCUGAACUUCGUGAAUGAUUACUUGCCCUACUCUGCUGGGCCUAGUCUGGCAUUGAGUGUGAGCUACGCAAAUACUGGGUUCUACUAUUGUGGCUUCUACAGUUAUCAAGACACCGUCUACAUCGGAAAACUGGGCAACGUGUACAUGUACAACAGCACCAUAGCCGGCCAGACAGACUUCCUCUACGGCUUCGGCACCCUCUGGAUCCAAUCCUCACUCCUCUCCCUUCGCGGCUGCGGCGGCGGCAUAACAGCCUGGAAAGGCACGAAUACCUCUUUCCCCAACGCUUACGGCGCAUACAUCCACGAUUCCUCCGUCAAAGCCGCAAACAGCUCUCUUUCCAUCGUCGGAAAAUGCGCGUUGGGUCGCCCUUGGAAUGCAGCUCAUAGAUCUAUCUUUGCGAAUACGUAUUUGGACGACUCGAUUGAGAGCAGUGGGUAUAUCAAGUGGAGUGCUACUGACCCGAGGUUUGGUGUCAAUACGACAAUGGCUGAGUAUAAGGAUUUCGGACCUGGGUGGAAUGCUACGGGGAGAGCAGCAGCGAAUAUUACGAUUGUGAUGACGGAUGCACAGUAUGCUCCCUACAGCACUUUGGAGAAGGUAUUCCAGUUCCCUUUUUCGGGAAAGUUUGGAAAUACAAAGUGGAUUGAUAGAAAGUCACAGGUGCAUGGUAAUUGA